GGUGGAGAUUGGUCUUGGGGGUCUCUGUCCUGGGAGUGGGGGGCUUUGUGUCUGUCCAGGAGGGAAGAGCCACAACGUUUAGGGAGGUAGAAGGGAGAAUUUGGGGAUCAUCUCGAGGAUCUUAAUAUUGUUCUCGAGCUUAGCAAUUCUGAGAGAGGUGGGGACUCCAACUUCCAGAGUUCCCAGUCAGCAUGCUUUGGCACAGGGGUUGUUUUUUUUUUCUUCUUCUUCAAACCUUCAGACGUGCGGACUUUCCAACUACUAAGAAUUUCCCCCAGCCGGGAUGCUGGAAACUCUUUUCACUUAACUAGGUUUAGAAUUUUACAAACUCCUCAUCUUUUGGAAAGAUACGUUGAGAUGCCUGGUAACCUUUAAUGGACUUUUAUCGAACAAUGAAGACUUUAAUGAUUUAUUUAUAGAUAAGAGAGGAGAGGUUGCUGUACAACAUGAGGCUGAAUGAAAGGCUGGUCAGGCCCUUCCAAGCUCCUGCCAAGGUCCAAAACUUCUCAGGUAGUCAAGUGUUUUUGUUCAGAAGCAGCAGACAAUCCGAUUCGGAGGACUCGUCAGAGGAGGAGUUCAACGCCACGGAAUUACGCGCAAGGGGGAAAGACCCCCAACAACCCUCCAGUUCUUCCCAGAAUAGAGUUGGGGACGUGCGGCUUCUAGAACGGGUCGUUAAAAAAGACGACAACCUCAACAAGUUGGCUCUGCAGUACGGGUGCAAAGUUGAAGAUAUCAAGAGGGUUAAUAACUUUAUCCAAGAACAAGACUUCUACGCCCUGAAAUCCAUCAAGAUUCCGGUCAAGGUUAACGGACUACUGACGGAGACCAGCGAUGAGUUGCUACCCCUCCAUACUCCUGCUUUGCUCCUGGAACACUCUGUAUCCAUAGAUCCAGGAAACAGGAGUGGCGACCAUGCACAAAUUGACCAAUAUUUCAGAGGAAUUGACCAAAACAUUGAAACGGUGACACAGAUAGAAAUCCCUUCUUGCGCAGAUCCUUUCAUUGAACCUUCGAACCGGUCAUCUCGGGAGCAGAAAGCAACCUGCACCGGAGCAGAUUACGGGAUCCAGUGGUGGAAAGCAGUCUUUCUUAUGCUCCUGAUAGGAAUUGUUUUACCUGUGUUUUACAUCGUCUAUUUUAAGACCCAGCAAGUAGAUGUGGUUCCCAGUACCUCUAACACGACAGACCCUGUUAAAAUCUCAGUGAACAAUUCUUCAGUCGGAAGGCCAAACUAUGCUGGGCAGGAAAACGGCAUCACUGUCCAUACUACUAAACAAGCUUUCAUCCAGUCAGGGGGGGUGACAUGACCCGGCCUCCUUCCCCUGCCCCAAAUGAUCUGGAAGUAACAACAGAUUCUGGGGUUCCCCAACCCCACCCCAAGUACAGUAUUGAUCAGUGGAGCAUAUCUUUGUUGUUUGUGGUUACUAACGAAUUUUUGAGCGAAGACCAGGCAGAGGAACAACAGGGAGCAAAAUGAGUCAUGGAAGAUAAAUUAGCCAGUGGUGAGUCUGCUCUCACUGGGUAGGAAAGGCUGUUUUUUUAAUACCAAAAAUCAGGACGGAAUCCCAACCUGCUGCGGCAUCCUACAAAUGUCCAGGUUUUCCUCACUAGGCCUCAGCUUCCAAAUUAGUUUAAUUUGGAAGCUAAUUUAAUUAGUUGAAUUAAACAUUUUCUUCUGAAACUUCUCUUUUCUUGGAUUUAUCCAUGGUUGGCCUACCGGGGGUUGAAAAGCUCAAUAAAUUGUAUGCCGGCGGGUGUCGCGCAUUGGUGGUUGUGACGCAUAUUUUGAGUGACGGAGCCGCAGCAGAGGGGUAAAAGAGCCACAUGUGGCUCCAGAGCCGCAGGUUGCUGACCCCUGGUUUAGUCACUGUUAUACAACAGCACUGGAAAAAAAAGUAACUUAUGACCAUUUUUCACGCUUGUGACGGUUCAAGCAUUCCCAUGGUCACAUGAUCAAAAUUCGAAUGCUUGGUAAUCAAUUAUUUGACUAAACCUAACUAGUUUCAGUAAAGACGCAGUGGAGAACUUUUGCCUUGGACCUUGGGCAAUUGUUUCCAAAAUGCUGGCUUUCCUCCCUCUCUUUCAUUGUUUGAUUAGCGGUGAAUCUAAUCUCAGAAUUAGAUGAAAUACGCAAGAGCAAAAAACCAGCAGUGGGAUAAUUGGACUUUCCUCAUUGCUCUCUAUAAAAUAUCAAUCAUCAAAGGGAAAAUAUUAAAAAGUACUUCCCAAUUGUGUCUACCCAUGGAAAAUAGUACAAAGAUGAUGCAAUGCCAAUAAAGGAGAAUAUUUGUUGAAACGGGUCCUUGAUGCUCUCUGAUCUUGGUUGUUUUGUUGCAGAGGUUUUCACAUGACGAAUAUACCUAGUUUGGGUAUAUAUAUCUGCAAGACAACCAAGCUCAGAGCUCUAUGGGCCCCUCAAUUAACACUCUUUGAAAUGCAUUUCUUUCAGAUGAUAAAACAAGACUUCCUUAGGUCCAUACCUGAUUGGCUUGCUAAUUUCCAUUUCCUCUUCAUUCGAGUAACUGACAAGCCAAUAACGAAAACAGGAUACCAACGUUUAUAAUUCUGUGGUGCAGCAGAUUCCUGAACGAGAACAUUCCUGUUCAUUGAUGUUAAUGCAAUCCAGUUAACCAAUCUUGAGUAAUGCAAGCAAAUAAAGUCCUAUGAUCCCAAAUCAUGUAUCGUAUCUUUCAUUAUCGGUUAUCUUGUCAAAUGUAAGACAAAUGAAACAUUUAACGGAUUUAUUGCACUACUGAAGUUCGUUCUUUCAACACGUCAAUUGGGCCAGGAGAAAAUUUUGAUGGAAAUGGGAGCAUCUUUAAUAUGAGGAAACAGAGCUUGUCCCUCUUCACUCUUCCUAUGCAAAACUGCCUUUUUUCACCUUGUCCUCCACUGUUGUAAUUAAAAAAUAAAUAAGUAUUUCCCUCUUCUAAAACUCAAAUACUAUAAUUAAAAGGACCUAAGCAAACCUGAUUUUUGGUUGAAGUAGUUUAAGAAUCUUUGGAAUAUUUUUAAUUGAGUAUUUAAACUUAUCAUCUUUGAGCUAUGACUCUAUGUUUUAAUAAAGUUGAAGUAUUAAGUUUUA